CUUACAGGUGCUCACAACUGAACAACAGAGCAGGAGACUCUUCACUGUGAUCUGAGGGGCUUUGUUUUGUUGGACAAUCAAGUUCUGUUCUGUCAUCAGACUAAGAGCCAGCAUGUCGAUGGGCAUGGAGAUCGUGGGCAUUGCCCUGGGGGUCGUUGGAUUUAUCAUUGCAAUAGUGACAUGUGCCCUGCCGAUGUGGAAGGUGACGGCCUUCAUCGGAGCCAACAUCAUCACUGCUCAGACCAUCUGGGAGGGUUUGUGGAUGAACUGUGUCACCCAGAGCACGGGCCAGAUGCAAUGCAAGGUCUACGACUCGUUGCUGGCCUUGCCUCAGGAGCUGCAAGCCUCCAGAGCGAUGAUGAUCAUCGCCAUCAUUCUCGGGGUGCUCGGGGUCAUGAUCUCCAUCGUCGGCGCCAAGUGCACGAACUGCAUUGAAGACGAGCCGUCCAAGGCCAAAGUGAUGAUCAUCGCCGGGAUUUUCUUCAUCCUUGGCGGCCUUUUGGUCCUCAUCCCCGUCUCCUGGACCGCUAGCGUCAUCAUUCGGGAUUUCUACAACCCCCUCCUCACCAACGCACAGAGGAGGGAGCUGGGUGCAUCCCUCUACAUCGGCUGGGGAGCGGCUGCCCUGCUCCUGAUUGGUGGGGCGAUGUUGUGCAGCAGCUGCCCGCCAAAAGAGAAGAAGUACAAGCCGCCCCGGAUGGCGUACUCCGCCCCACGCAGCACCAGCGCAGGCGGAGGGUACGACAGGAAAGACUAUGUUUGAACAGGCCUGAAGUGUGUGACAGACUGAAUUGGAAAGUUGGAUACAAUGAAAAUGUUGAAUAUGUGUGUAUGAAUGUGUGUUGUUUUUGCUGUCUGAAACCACAGGGUGAAUCCCAUGAAAAGACUCCGACAUGAAGAUGUAUGUAUAGAUAUUGAUCUGUCUGCUUUGCUUUUGGUUGACAUGUAUAUUCACAUAUUGCUCUGCUAUAAUCCAGCCGGUCUGUCUUUAGGUGACUAGUUUUAAGUGUAUGAACAUGAGAGCCUGUAAAGCCUCAAUUUCAAACUUUUGAAAUGUUAAACUGUGUCUCUUGGAGCACAUGUUGUAUUUCUUCUUAAACCUAUGUGGCAUUAUGUGAAUUUGAAAACCUCCUGCUCCUUUGCUCCUUGCGUGUGUGUGUGUGUGUGUGUGUGUGUGUGUGUGUGUGUGUGUGUGUGUGUGUGUGUGUGUGUGUGUGUGUGUGUGUGUGUGAUUGUGUGUGUGUGUGGCUCGGUCGUUAGUCGGCCGGUGUCGUGUUUCACUGAAACUCCCUGUUAAAACGUGGUUUGUCACUUCACUGACAAUGACAAGGAAGAGGCGGCUCUCAUUUUACAUGGAUUUGGUUGUGUGAUUGUUCAGAGCGUGAGCGUGCACGUGCAUGGCUGUGUGUGUGUGUGUGUGUGUGUGUGUUUUGCAUGUAAUAUUUGCUUAGGUGAGUUUCUGCUUAGACUGAAACUAAAGAUGGAUCCGUGAUAUGGCCCAAGGUAACAGCUUUAUCUUCCUCCUCACAGUUUCACUGUUUCAGGACGCAGAGACUGUUUCAGUUGGGACAUAAGGCCUGACAUUCACAUGUGUGUCCAUAUGUGUGUGUUUAUUUUACAUUUCUGUGAUAAAAUGUAUUUUUAAUGUAUUUUGACACCAUAUUAUUCCACUGUGUGUCUGUGUUUCAAAUAGACUUGUAUUGUUGUGUCUUAAUUUUCAAACAUUUUGAUAUCUUUUUCUAUUAUUUUAAAUUUGAUGCAACUACCUGUACAGUCCUGUCAAACAAAGACAUUGUGUAUGUGUGUGUGUGUGUGUGUGUGUGUGUGUGUGUGUGUGUGUGUGUGCGUGUGUGUGACCCCCUUCGGGAACAUGACUACAGCUGUUGGAGGAUGUGUGUUUCCAGAUCAACAGGAUGUGUUUUGUGUGGCUAGAAUAAAUAUUUCACUAAUCAAUCUCCAUCUCUUUUAAAAACAAAUUUGUUUCUUUUUUUUUUUUUUACUUUGGUUUUACUCACUGUUCCAGAAGCAAUUAAAUGUUUUAUAGUAGUGCCUGAAUUCCAAAUAUUAGAUUUCAAUAAA